AUGGACCUAGAUGAUAGUGGGGUUCCUGUGGAUGACCCUGAAUACGAACCUGUGGAUGAAAAGGAAACGAUGGUCACUUCUAGGAUGCUUGGUAGCAAGAACCCCCCCAGAUGGGCAGCUAGCAAGUACAAAACCAACAACAAGUUGAUCUCCAAGGCUGAACCCCUCACGAAAAAGAAAAAGCUAGCAGCUAAGGAUCAUAGCCCGGAGAUUACGGACCAAGGGAUUAAACUGGACAUCCCUAUCAAUGUCCAGAAAGAAAAACAGGGAACCAUAGCCAAUGAAGCGAGCUGUGGAAAUCAGAAGGCUGGUAGUCUGAUGAAUUUGGUCAUGGAAGCCACCACAACGUUGGUUUCAGCUGAAUACGAACCAUAUUCACCUCCUCCACCUCUAUAUUAUUACAAAUCUCCCCCUCCACCAUCUCCUUCACCCCCUCCACCAUCUCCUUCACCCGCUCCUUCAUAUUACUACAAAUCUCCACCUCCGCCAUCUCCGUCCCCUCGACGUCCUUAUUACUACAAGUCCCUUCCACCUCCCUCUCCCUCAUCUCCUCCUUCAUAUUAUUACAAGUUCCUUCCACCUCCAUUUCUAUCUCGUCCUCCACCAUAUUAUUAUAAAUCUCCACCUCCACCAUCUCCUUCACCUCCUCCACCAUAUUACUAUAAAUCUCCACCACCACCAUCCCCAUCUCCUCCUCCUCCAUAUUACUAUAAGUCACCUCCUCUUUCAUCCCCCUCUCCUCCUCCUCCCUACUACUACAAGUCUCCACCACCACCAUCCCCCUCUCCACCACCCCCAUAUUACUAUAAAUCCCCACCACCACCUUCGCCAUCUCCUCCUCCACCAUACUACUAUAAAUCUCCACCACCACUAUCUCCAUCUCCUCCUCUUCCAUGCUACUACAAAUCUCCCCCACCACCAUCACCCUCUCCAGCACCCCCAUACUACUAUAAGUCCCCUCCACCACCUUUCUCAUCUCCUCCCCCACCAUACUAUUAUAAAUGCCUGCCACCACCUCCUCCAUACUACUACAAGUCCCCUCCACCACCAUCUUCCUCUCCACCACCUCCAUACUACUACAAAUCUCCACCACCACCACCACCACCAUCUCCCUCACCUCCUCCUCCAUAUUAUUACAAAUCCCCUCCACCACCAUAUUAUUAUAAAUCUCCACCACCUCCCACGAAGGAUGUGGCAUCUAGGUCCUAUUCCAAGCGGCCAUUGUCUUCUUAUUACUCACCUCCUCCUCCAUAUUAUUACACAUCCCCUCCACCACCAUCUCCUUCUCCUCCACCACCAUAUUAUUAUAAAUCUCCACCACCUCCCACAUAUUAA